AUGAUUUGGAAUAAUACUAUGAACAUAUCUCAAAAGUUUUCAAGACUGUUUAAAACACUUGGAAAAUUAUCAUAUCGUCAAGUUAACACAUUAUCAGAUGAUAUAAAUCAGGUAGUUCUGUUAGGUAAAGUGACUUUUUUACAUUUGGGUGAAAGCGCUAAUGGUAAAAAUGUUUAUGCAUCUAUUGGAUUAGUAACGAAAAAUAAUUAUAUGACUGCGAAUGGAUAUUCAUCUACCUUAGCUUUUCAUAAUGUGUUUGUUUUCAAGCAAUCCUUUGUGGAUAAAGUUAAACAUUUAACUAAAGGUGAUCGAUUAUGUGUUAUUGGUCAAUUGAACUCUUAUUCUAAUCCUAAUGGUUAUUGGCGUUCUAGUGUUACAGCUGAAAUAGUGAGUCCACUUAUUGGAUUAUCAACAGUUGAUACCGAUGAUGAUAUACAAGCUGAAAAAGUUGAAGAUGACGAAGAGAUUUUAACAGAUGAAAUGAAUGAUAAAUUUGAUGCUGAAAAAUAA